AUGGUGGCUCAGCAUGGUCUAGAUGGGCAUACAGAGCAAGCAAUUUAUUACCUUAGUAAGAAGUUCACAGACUAUGAGACAAGGUACACAACCCUGAAGAAGACUUGUGCAGCUUUGGUUUGGGCAAUAAGAAGGUUGAGACAUUACAUGUUGACCUAUUCAGUCUUUUUGGUAUCCAGAAUGGAUCCCAUCAAGUAUCGUUUUGAGAAACCCGCGUUGACGGGCAGAUUAGCAUGUUGGUUAUUGCUCUUAGCGGAGUUCGACAUUGUGUAUGUCACCCAGAAGUCCAUCAAGGGUAGUGUCAUCGCUGAACACCUAUCCACACAUCUAGUUGUUGAUACAAGGCCUUUGAAUGACAUAUUUCCAGAUGAAGAUGUAGUUUCUGUUGAGAUUGAAGAUGAGGUUGGCAUUUGGCAAAUGUUCUUUGAUGGAGCCGCCAAUCACAAAGGAUGCAGAGCCGGAGUUCUACUUAUAACUCUUGAAGGGUUGAACAUGCCCAUGGCAUAUAGGUUGGACUUUGAGUGCACCAACAACGUGGCUGAGUAUGAAGCUUGCCUCAUGGGAUUGAAAGCAGCCAUCUCUAUUGGGGUCAAAAGAUUGGAAGUAUACGGAGAUUCGUCGAUUGUCAUAUGCGAAGUCCAAGGUCAGAGAGAUCAUCCUUCACGUCAAGGCUUCGUCAAUGCCCUGACAGUAGAUGGUAGGCCUUGGUUUGCCCAUAUUGUGGAUUUUAUCAGAGAGGGGAAGUACCCUGUAGAUGCUACCCAAGGAGAUAAAAGGUUCUUGAGGCGUUAUGCCACCCAUUUCAUAUUACACGAAGAUAUUUUAUACAAGCAAUAUUUUGAUGUUGUACAACUGGUGUGCGUGGAUGAAAAUCAAGCACAGACAAUCUUGGAGCAAGUACAUCAGGGAAUCUAUGGCCCUCACAUGAAUGCCCAAUUGCACACGCUGAGUUCUCCGUGGCCUUUUUCCACUUGGGGUAUCGAUGUGAUCGGGAAAAUUAACCCCAAAGCUUUGAACGGGCACGAGUUUGUGUUGGUAGCUAUUGAUUACUUCACCAAAUGGGUAGAGGCUCAGUCAUACGUAAAACUCACAGCGGCAAAGGUAGCCAAAUUUUUACAAGAACAUAUCAUUUGCCGACAUGGGAUGCCCCAUGAGGUGAUUUCUGACCAAGGUCAACAUUUUACUGGCAAGACACAAGAGUUGUGUGACCAAUUCAGGAUUGCAAGGCACAAGUCUUCUCCUUAUCGCCCUCAAACUAAUGGAGCGGUUGAAGCAGCAAACAAAAACACGAAGGUCAUACUCUAG